GUAAUCACGUAAUGGUGUUUUUACGUCCAAUCUGUGAAGCCUGCUGCUGUUUGGUCAAAGAAAUAUUCUCGGUGUCAGAACUCGUGUCGGUGCUGGUGAUAUGAGAUUAUUUGCAACAUUUCAGACACAUUUGUCUCUGAAGAGGUCGCGUGUAGUGAUGUAGCAGAGGUCAUAAUGGAUUAGCUGUUGAUUCAGUGGCUUUUCUUCAGGCAUUUGUGACUGACAACAAGACCUGGGACCAGGGACUUUGUGGCUCCUAACGUUAGCUAGCGACGCAACUUAGCUAAACGUUUUGAAUCCGCCUAACAGCAGAGACAGGUAUUAUGUGAAUCCUUGACAAGUUCUUCUGUGUGUGUCGCUUCAUGUGUUGUCCCUCUCUGGCCGCCAGCUCAUCUUCUACUGCUGUGUUUUCCUAGUUGUUGUUGUUGUCUGGCGUUGGCGUUAGCCCUCAGCUGUUGUUGGCUGCUGUUUUGCUCAUGUGUAGUUAUAGUUAUUGCCUCCCUGUGGUGGAAAAAGUGUUCAGAUCUUUUAACGGUAAGUUCCAUCAGUAAUACCUCAAUGAUUAGUUCCUUACUUAGAGAAAAAGAUGCAUUCAGUCUGUGCAGUAUUGUUGAAGUAGCUCUUUGAUUCUAUUGACCAGAUGUUAUGCAUGAAAAAUCUAAAUCUAAUGACAGACAUAUAAUAGCGCCUUAAAAUACUUAUUCGAAAGUGUCUUGAAUUGGACAUAUUCAUGCCAAAAUCCAGGACUUCCAUACAAACCUGAAGCACAUGCAUAAACCUACCACUGUUGUUUCUUAGUAGGGGUGGGAGAAAAAAUCGAUACAGCAUAGUAUAGCAAUAUUUUGUCUGGCGAUAUAUCGUAUCGUCUCAUUGACCUAGUAUCGAUUUUUCAAAAAAACAAUGGAAAAAUAAGAUGUAUUGUUUGCCCAGUGAGGUUUGCAGAGGUGAUAUCAUAGAGCAGAAGAAAGUUAGUACAACAAAUAUAUAUAUAAGGUUUGCAAGAUGUGCUACAGGAAAAUAAAACAAGCGUAAAUAAGACAAACAAAAGGAAAGAUAUUAGCUUAACAGUUGAAAAAAUGGUAGAAAUCGCAAUAUAUUGUAUCUCAAUACUCACAUUUUUGCAAAAUGUUGAAAAUUACAAUAAUAUUGUAUCGUGGACCAAGUAUCAAGAUAAUAUCGAUACUAGUGAUGAGGCCUGGGUGAUUUGGCAAAAAAAACGAUCACGAUAUAUUUUUUCAGAUCGUCCGAUCUCGAUUAUUAUCACAAUUUGUUUUUAAACUGCAAUUUUUAAAGCACCUGUACUAAAAACCAAAGAAACUAGAGAUUAGUUCAACAUUUUAUUUUUAGGGCACCGAGCGCAGACAUACCUUAAACAUCGGCGUAGUUUCUCAACGUCACUUUGGAGAUACCCGAACUGCCACACAACAGACGUUAAAUAAUUUUCGUUCUCAACAAUGACAUCUUCGGAGCAUGGCUUAAAGUCACGGCUGACAUCUAUUUUGCUGCCCUCAGCUCCGCGUUUAGUUCCUGUUCGGUUGUUCUGUUUACUUCUCCGGCAACUUAAAGAAGUGAGCAGGAUCGGCUCUGAUUGGCUGUUGUGACGCACAUUUCCACCAUGUUUGAUUGAGUAAAUAUGCUCAUCGCUGAUCACCGUGAUCGAACUGAAAUUUAUCACAAUCAUAUAAUCACCCAGUCCUACUAGUGAUUCCCACCCCUGUUUCUUGGUGCUUCCAGCUUUUAAAACUUCAUAAUUUCUCUGUCCAAAACUUUAACUCCUCUGUCCAACUCACUCCCUGUAUGUGCACCUGUUUACCCUAACACUUUCUAAUCUUAUGACUGUCAUAAAUGAAGAGCUGAUAGUACAAAUGACCGUUCUGAAGCCUGUUUUGUCCAUCUGUCUUAGAUUCCUUGAGUAGUUUGAGAUCUUUGAAAGACUCUCAAGACAGCAUGGCUCCCAAGGACAUCAUGACCAACUCCCAUGCAAAAUCCAUCCUCAACGCCAUGAACUCGCUCCGCAAGAGCAACACGCUCUGCGAUAUCACUUUAAGGGUCGAGAACACAGAUUUCCCGGCUCAUCGAAUCGUCUUGGCUGCCUGCAGUGAUUACUUUUGUGCCAUGUUCACCAGCGAGGUAACGCAAAGAUGUUGCUGUAACACAUCGAGUUUUUUCUGAUUCUCUUCCUUUAAAAUUGUAGAAAGAUAUAAAAGAUCGUGGGAAAAGUUAGCUCAAAUUUAUCAAAAUAUGACCUGUUUCUGUCUCAUUGUUUUUGCUAUGAGGUGUUUAUUGAGAAGAAAAUUGUGAGCUAACUACAGAAUAAUCUUCUUUUGUUGUUAUAUUAAUUUCUCUGGAUGGUCUCUGUGUUUGUUUCUGUAGCUUGCAGAGAAGGGGAAAUCUUUUGUGGAUAUCCAGGGGCUGACUGCAUCAACGAUGGAGAUCCUGCUGGACUUUGUCUACACAGAAACAGUGUUAGUCACAGUGGAGAACGUACAAGAGCUGCUCCCUGCCGCGUGCCUGCUGCAGCUCAAAGGUACACCGAGGAGUGUCUUGUUAGUAUCAUAAUUUGAAAAGUGUGGUCAUAGGCCAACAGAUAUUGUGAGCACGAGUGAGGUGUAUCUGCAGCCUUACACAGCAGCUUGUAGACGGUGUUGUUUAAAAGAUUCUAGAUGUCUAUACUUAAAUCUUGGACAGAGUCAGGGCAAGGUAGCUUCACCUCUGUAGCUUCAAGUCAAAUUUAGCUAAGUGGGGAGACAUGGCAGGCUGAAUAAAGGAAAUUUUACAAAUGUUUUCAAAGACACACACAAUUUUAAGCCAGAGGAACACUCAGCUAAUACAAAAUUAACCUGAAAGUCUAUGUGAAUUAUUUAGACUAAGCUUGUACUACCAAAAAUACAUUUUUAAGGAGGCAGCUACUUUAUGACUGUGUCAAAUCACCAUCAUUUCUGCAACAAUAUCCCAGGAUCCACUGUCAGUGCAGCUGUAAACACUCUGAAGUUCUGGUUGGGAGAAAUCAAACACUGUCUAACUAAAAGUGGGAUGGCAGUGAGUGCUGAAUGUGGGCUGUAUUCCUUUUAUGUGAAGUUUGAGUCAGCAUAGUCAGACGAAAAUCAAAGACAGUUAGCCUGCAACAGAAACCAGGAUUCUCACUGUCAACAGUGAUUUAAAAUCAGUGAACACAUCAUUCAAAUUAAACCCCAUCAAACCUAAAGCCCCUACAUCCUUUUUAUGCCGUUCACAUAAGUCGAAGUUGUGUUAAUUUAAUUAACAUCAUCAGGAUUUAUUGUUAUACACCGCUGGAAGUGAUAUAAGCGUUAGCCAGGAAUUAAAUUUAAUUCACUGAGGUAUUAAAAAAGACUUAAAUUCAUCCCUGCAGAAACCCUGAGGCACAGCAUGGCACCACUUUUCAAAUGAAACUGUGUCUACAUUUCCUAAUUAACAGUUGUUGAGUGACACGAGGAUCAGGUCUCCAGGGAUUCGUCUGUAUUCGAAAGAUACAUGUGUAUGUUUCUGUGUAUACAAAUGUGUCUUUUGUCCUCCUCAGGAGUGAAAAGAGCGUGCUGCGAUUUUUUGGAGAGUCAGCUCGAUCCCUCCAACUGUCUGGGUAUCCGGGACUUCGCUGAAACUCACAACUGCCUGGACCUGAUGCAGGCGGCUGAGCUCUUCUCCCAGAAGCACUUCUCUGAGGUGGUUCAGCAUGAGGAGUUCAUGCUGCUCAGCCAGACAGAAGUGGAAAAGCUCAUAAAGUGUGAUGAGAUCCAGGUAGGAAAACUGGAUGUGAUGAAGUGCUGUACUAUUUGGUGCAAUUGUCAGAUAUAAUGAGGCUGCUGGAUCUGUGACCAACAGCACAUUAGAGCUGACAUACAGAACAGUAUAAACGUCUUUAUUGACCUGCAGCAACUAGAGUGGGAAGACUUGGUGUAAAGAUACCUAAAAGCAACAAAAAGCGCUCAGAUUCUGACUUUCAGAGCUUUCUGAAUGUCAUUCAAAGACCUCUAAGAGAAGAAAGAAGCGUGCACCAGCCUGCUGUAACCUCAGUCUGUGCAGCCCCCACCAGCUCAGCUCACUUUAACGGAUUGGGGGGCUGACAAUGAAAUUGCAGAGAAGAAAACCUGAUUUAAGUUUGUCUUAGUGCUCAGGAAAUUCCUCGUCCAAACCACACAUUGCGUUUUGUGAAAAGACGGUUAUUAUCCGCAAAGAUUUAUAGAUUCUAUCAAAGGCUUCCUCCUGUCAUUUUUGUUGUUUUAGAGCACAGCUAGAUCUUACAUGUUAAUCACAACCAUGUGUAAUUUACCCUUAUGAAAAUGACUGUCUUUGUGUCCUCUUGUUUCAUGUUUGAAGAAUUUAUGACUUUCUCGCAUCAAGCAGAUAACACUGGAGCAUAUUAUGUUAAAUAAUUGCGUUGCUAAUAGAAAAGUGUGACAUCUUUAUCUACUGUUGUCAGCUGAUUGUUUAAUUCAUAAACUGAGCUGCGGUUCUCCUCACUGUGCGUGCUCCCUGUGUAGGUGGACUCAGAGGAGCCGGUGUUCGAAGCCGUGUUGAACUGGGUCAAACACAACCGGAAAGAGAGAGAGCCCUACCUGCCAGACAUGCUCGAGUUUGUCCGAUUACCACUCCUGACCCCCCGCUACAUUACAGAUGUCAUUGAUGCUGAGGUGAGCCAGGAGACGCACAGCUAAUCACACCGUGCACCCAGUGAAGGAUUAUGUGUUGAAACUUUCAUCACAGUUACAGCAGUAAUUAAGCAAGUUUUGACACGUUUCAGCCGCUCAUACGGUGUAGCCUGCCAUGUCGAGACCUCGUUGAUGAAGCCAAGAAAUUCCACUUAAGACCCGAGCUGAGGAGUGAGAUGCAGGGCCCGCGCACACAAGCUAGAUUAGGUAGGAGUUCUUGUUUUUUUAUUGCAGUGUGACUCAAAGCGAGUCCUCUUAUUCCUGCUCUGUGAUCAGCACAGAUAGUAAAAGUGAUUUUAAUUCCUUUCAGGUGCCAAAGAAGUCUUGUUAGUUAUAGGAGGGUUUGGCAGCCAACAGUCACCGAUAGACAUAGUCGAGAAAUACGAUCCUAAAACACAAGAAUGGAGCUUCCUUCCUGUAAGUAUUGCACUUCAAAAGUACCUCUGUGACUCUCCCAGUUUGUUUGGCUAACACAGACCUGCGUGUCUUUAUCAGAACAUUGCAAGAAAACGGCGAUACGUCGCCACAGUCUCACUCCAUGAUCGAGUUUAUGUGAUCGGAGGCUACGAUGGUCGCUCGAGGCUCAGCUCGGUGGAGUGUCUGGACUACACCGCUGAUGAGGAUGGAGUUUGGUACACCGUCGCCACCAUGAACGUGCGGCGCGGUCUUGCUGGAGCCACGACACUCGGAGGUGAGCAAGCUCCUUAGCUAAAGAAAUUUCUCACGAUGUCCCUCAUUAAAACUGUUUCUUUGAGUUUGUUUUGUUUCAUUUGCUUUUUUUCUCAUUUGUUCUCGACAGACAUGAUUUAUGUUGCUGGGGGGUUCGAUGGCAGCCGACGUCACACCAGCAUGGAGCGAUACGACCCAAACAUCGACCAGUGGAGCAUGCUGGGAGACAUGCAGACAGCUAGAGAAGGUGCUGGUCUGGUGGUGGCCAGUGGACUCAUAUACUGUCUAGGUAUGGACUCAUGGUAUGGAUGUCUUGGUCUCCUGAAAUUUCCCAACAUUUUACAGAGUUCAUGUCUAAAAAAGAGUUUGGAGAGUCUCCCUGAGAUAACCAUUUGAAAAAACACAGAACAUCAAUCCAUUAUGAGAGUAGCUUCCUUCUUAAUCACAUUUACCAUCUUUCUCCUGUCAGAUUCUCUGAAGCAGUAAAAGUUAUUUCCUUUAAAAUUGAGGAAACCAUUUUCAUUUAAGUCACUUAUCAUCUGUGACUGCAGUCCUUUUGGCUGCUUUACAGAUGAUUUAGUCCAAGACCCAUUUCUUUAGCAGGGAUGCACUCAAGACAGGUUUUCACCCGUCACUCCUUUUCAAACACUUUGAUGGUUGAGUGACUCUGAGAGACUUCAAAUUAAUGUUAAAUUGACUUGAAGACACACCAUUAUGGCUUAAAACAACUCACAAUGGAACACUUUCUGGGGGAUCUGGUUUUUCUACUGCUGCUCUAUCAAGCCCAAAAGAGAAUCUGAUGUUGUGAAAUUAGUAGGACCAUUAUUUGGUUUAUAAUAUGUAAUAAAAAUUUGCAUCUACAUUCAACGUUUCCAUGCUACUCAUUGUUUUCUGCGCUCUUCACUUAUAUUUUCUCUGAUGUCUCCUCACAGGUGGAUAUGAUGGGUUAAACAUCCUGAAUUCAGUGGAGCGGUACGACCCCCACACAGGCCACUGGACGAGUGUGACCCCCAUGGCCACCAAGCGGUCAGGUACGAGUGAAAACAGGAGGAACUGAAAUGUCAGUGCUGCGUGCGUGUGUUUCUGCUCACAUCUGAAGCCUCUGUCGUUGUUCUCAGGAGCUGGUGUGGCUUUACUGAAUGAUCACAUCUACGUAGUGGGAGGCUUUGAUGGGGUUUCACAUCUGGACUCUGUUGAGGUCUACAACAUCAGAACAGACUACUGGACCACUGUGGCCAGUAUGACCACUCCAAGGUGUUAUGUAGGAGCAACAGUUCUCCGAGGACGUCUUUACGCCAUCGCCGGGUAAGAAGAGUGGCUGUAAAACUAUCCAGAAAAGCUAAAUCUAUAACCUUUGUGUCAUAAAUAUUUAUGUAGGUUUUUACCAUCUGAAAAGCCCCAAAAAACUUAAUAUUCACAACACAACUGGGCUUUCUGAUCAACUCCAGCCUUGUUGGUUUGUUGUUUUACUCCUACAAAGCCGACCUUGAAGAGACAAGAGGCGCUGUGUCUGUUCUGUGUAUCCGUAUCUUUGUGUCUAUACUUGGAGGGAAAAUGAGCGCUUGUGUCACUUUUCUUUUUACAUUAUGUUUUUAAGAUGUCACCAAAACACAAACUUUCACAGUAAACUCUACGUACAGCUCAAACAACCGCAGUCGUUCUUUGUUCAUGAAAGUGGCGGUCAGCUCUCUCAGUUCCUUGUUCUCUCUUGUCUCCUUCCCUAGCUAUGACGGGAACUCUCUCCUCAGCAGUAUUGAAUGUUACGAUCCGGUGAUCGACUCCUGGGAGGUUGUCACUUCGAUGGCGACGCAGCGGUGCGACGCCGGAGUCUGCGUCUUACGGGAAAAGUGAUCUUUUACCAGAUGAAGAACCACAAGUGGAGCCACAGACAGAAGAACAGGCAGCUAGGCUUUGCUAAAAUGCCACUAAAACAGAACCACAAAGGGGGGGAUGUUCGUUCGCCAGUAUGCAAAUGGGUACUUUGAAAUGAAGUGCAGCAGUUUGGAUUGCCUCCUCUGCAGGAUGGUGGAGCCUUGACACCAAGACUGUGCGACAGAGAUUCAGCUUUGCCGUGGUAGACGUCAUCUCAAAAGAGGCCUCCAAGAGCCCACCGCCAUGACAUGCAUGACUCUCUUCGGUGGUACUUGUUGCUGUCGUUACCUGUGAGAUUAUUUUUUCAGUUUGUCUUCAAAGUGCAAUAUAUUUCUACUCAUCAUGAGAAAAAAGUAAAAGGAGGAGCCGAUGCAGACUCCGGUUGCUGCUAUUCGCCUUAUGACUUUGGCCUGUAUCAAACAUCCGCUGCCAACCAUUGAUGAUAGUGACGGUACAUUGGCUUAUUAUCGAGUGUACUCAGUGGCGUUUGCGAGGUCGUAAAUGGGUCAGUAAUUCAGCCCUUUUUGUAACUCUUCCUGUAAACUGUGCUUUCAGAUUCAAAUCACUAUCUUAAAAGUUAAAUUCUUAUCGUUGCUCUCAGAAUAUAUAUUUAGAAAAUAAAGAAAUAAAGUUUUAGAAAAUGACUGAAUUGUAACAGUUGAUCGUUUGUCCUUCCAUCCGGCGCAAAUGCAGAAUCUCAGAGUUGUAAGUAUGAGGUGCAUGUGAUUUGGUUUCACAUUUCUCAGCUUAUGGAUUUUGGCAUGAGCGUGUGGGACGCAAAGUCAUGACGUCACUGUUGCCUGGGAAGUGAAUAAACACUCUGAGAACUGAAAUGCUUCAUCUGUGGUGCAUCUGUG